AAUUUAAUUUACUCGUAUAGGCCAGAGAUGAACAUCAGUCGACUCAGUUUUUCAUCCUGAUUCCGAAUAUGAUAUUUCUAUUACAUAGAAAUUGAGUUUUGAUUGAGAAAAUUGAGGAUAACGAGCAGAAUUCAGGCUUUUUCGCCUUAGAUUUAGAAAAAAUGAAUUUUCUCAGCAAGGAAUUUCAAAAAAGCGAUUUAUACUUUUAUUCUAUGUUUCAAGGCGAAUCGAAUGGCGUAUGAAAGCUGACUUCAUCGCUUAAUGAAACAAAGUAGAUGGGUUUCCAAAAUGAGUAUGGUGAAAAUUGAAGAACUUUCGGCUUCGUUUGUCGCUCGAAGACUACUUUUCGUUCUGGAACCUUGAAAUAUAGUUUCCUGUAUGCGGUUUUUAAUGCUGAAUAAGAAAAACAUAGUUUCACGGCUUCAAAAUGAGGUGGAAGUAAGGUAUUCAGUUUUUUUAAAAAAUUAGUGGUUUUUCAAAAUAAGAGAUCCUUCAAAUUCUUUUCAUUGAUAAUGUGCACUGGGAAGACUAAAAACUAGAUAUUCUUGAUCGGCGUGAAAUUCUCUAUCGAAUGAUGUAUGAUUAAGCCAAAAAUAAAGUAGUGCUGUAACUUCGAAUAUGAAGUAUCUUAUUUACAGAGUAGCCUGGUUUUUUUGUGUUAAUCUCCACCAUGUGAUAUCUAAUAGUACUCCUUAUUUUCACUAUUAAGUUUCUUAUAUAUUUCGUAUUUUUUUUGUUUUAGGUCGGUAAAUCACUCGUUACUUACAAUCAAUGGUACAGUGUUGAGUUAUCAUUAGAUCAUGUAUCAUUAACAAAUAUUAAUGUUUAUGCCGCUUAUUCACAUGAUCGAAAUCAUCUAGAUGAAUUCCAAAUUGCUUUUAAUGAUUAUCCAGCGCCAAUUGAAUAUUCUCAAAAUAUUGAAGUCGAACAAUACACUAUUGUUGAUUAUUUAUACGAUAGUCAAGACUUUCAAUGUUUGAUUAGUGGAGUUAGUGGUCGUGUUGUUGGAAACCGGCAGUAUUCAUUUUCAAAAAUAACCGCUCUCUCACUAGUGAUGUUUUAUCCUGCAACGUAUUUUAUCACCACAUGCCUCACCAUACUAACCGAUUUACCAGAUUUAACCGAUUUUUUAUCCCCAAAAGUCAUUAUUCCUCUCGCUCUAUUGAUUAGUCCACUAAUUGGUAAAUUUUUUCAACAAUAUCCACAAUAUUAUCGCCGACGAGAAAAACAACGUGAAUGGAAAGAUUAUAAGAGUCAAUCAAGUCAGUUUGCCUAUGAUUUUCAACAACCUUUCACGGAUUAUACCCGUCAAAGACAACAACAGUACCAGCAAGAGUCAUAUUCAUACCAGCAACAAAAACAACAAUCUUACAGAAGGUCUAGUCGAUCUCAAGAGGCACCACCUCGUCAACCUCCACCCAAAGAUCAAGAUCUCGAUUUAUAUCAGAUCUUGGCCGUAUCACGUACAGCCACUGAAAAAGAGAUCAAACGCGCCUAUUUGCUAAAAGCCAAAGAGGUGCAUCCUGAUAGAAAUCCAGGAGAUAAACAAGCAGAAGAAAAAUUUAAACUAGUUAAUCAGGCUUAUGCUAUUCUCAGUGAUAAAAAUCAACGUCAACAGUACGAUCGAUACGGAUGGCAAAGUGUCAAAUAUAAAUAA